CCUGUUGUGUUUCACGCGUAACCUCAUUCGAAAUGAACUUGGCAUAUGAAUGUACUAGUAGGAACGUUCUUACAGCGUUUUUCAAUGUUGCUUCAAGUGAGACGGGUUUAUUUUAGCUCCGUGGCACACUCAUACAUGCAGGGUGUUUUUCAUAAAAAUUUUCCAUAAAAAAAACUAGGGGCUAUAGACAUCCUGUGUUCACUUCUGUCAUCUCUGGGCCGGCGGACGUUCUCGGUCAUCUCGCGCUCAACCGUCGAACGAUUGAUUAAUUAACUAAAAAUCGUUAAUUAACUUUUUAAAUAUAAGAGAUACGAAUUGUCCCAAAGAGGAGGUCUGUUCCCUUGGUAACCUGAUAUCGUAGCCGUUCUCAGAACAAAAUCCCGUUUGAUAGAUCGUCCGACAAACAUUCGUGAGGGAGCACCUGUUUUUUUUCCUUCUCUAUUUGGUUCAUUGCGCAUCUUUGGAGACUCGAAUUUCCUUCAUUCCCAAUGUGAGAGGGUGAAGGAAAUAGUCAUAUCAGGCCAUAAAUCAUGCAGGUAGUUCCAUACUAUCCCUUAGUUGUGCAUAGGCUACGCAUAAUCACAAAAAGGUCAAUGUAUACCCAAGCAGCACACCAAUAUUGGUCCAAUAUUGCACCCAUAUGGGCUGCCAAGAUUGCCAACAUUGGUCGAAUAUGGGCUGCCCAUAUUGGCAAGCGCAUUUUGCACCAAUAUUUACAAUAUUUCUGUGAUAACGCCAACACGGAGUCCGUGUAAUAAUAAAGCGUUAUCCGGUUUAAUAUCCACCACUGAUAUUACUUCUCCCUUCUUAUUGCUUUUUCAUUUCUGCACAUCUGAUUGAUCCACGUUGCAUGCAAUUACAAAAAAAAAAAAGAGAGAGAGAAAGCACUGCGUCGCCCCAAAAACGAAGAACGGGUGCAACGCCCGUUUUGCUGAAGACCACAAGCAGUCCCACGGAACUGCCAAUGUCAAAGGUCCCUCAGAAGCCUUCAUUGGCGCAAUUCUUCGCAAUUAUUCUUCGCAAUUUUCUAUGCACCGAAAAUUUCCAACCCGCUCCGAGAGUACAAAGGAGCGAAACACUUUCGUGACGGUGACGGACAUACGCCAGAGCAACUCACACUGCUUGCUGUGCAGUGGCUACGAUCCCGAUAAAGAGGAGGUGUACAUAUCGUACAUAGAUUGCAACAAUCUUUACGGAUUCAGUAUGAUAAAGCACCUCCCCAUCGGCGACUUUGAAUGGGUCGAGGAUUUUAGCUACGUUGAUUUUAUGCGUCAUCCCACAGAUUCAGAUGUGGGAUACGUGUACGUGUGCGAUUUGGAGUAUCCAAAAUCUAUCCACGCGCUGACGCGGUACUUCCCCCUGGCUCCCGAGAAGGCGGUCGUCCCGAAGGAAUGGCUCUCGCCAUUCCAGCGAGAGCUCCUCGAAGAGUUAAUGUAUCAGCCAGUGAACAGCAAAAAGCUGCUGCUCACGUGCAAGGACAAGGUCGAGUACGUUGUUCAUUACGCGCUGCUCGCUCUCUAUUGUAGACUGGGCAUGCGGGUGACAAAAAUUCACCGAAUUCUAAAAUUUCGUCAGGCACCAUUCCUGCGUCCCUACAUCGAGGACAAUGUUGCCAGACGCGUCGCAUCGAGCACGACGUUCGAGAAAAAUUUCUAUAAAAUCUCAAAUAAUGCGGUCUUCGGGCCUACGCUACUAAAUAAAUUUAAUAUGCGGGACAUUCGAGUAGCCUUCAAUGAGGAGACAGCGAGUCGCCUCGGGAGCCAGGUGGAAUGCGCGCGAAUGGAAAUUUUGUCCCCCGAUUGCGUCAUGUACGAAAUGCGCAAAAGAAAAGUGCGAUGCGAUUUCCCCCUGCAGAUUGGCUUCACGAUUUUAGAACUGAGUAAGUUAACCAUGUACUCGUUCUACUAUGAAACCCUGUUGAGUAAGCUCACUUGUCCGGUGAUUACGUGCUACUUUGACACGGAUUCUCUGAUCCUCGGCCUAUUCUGCAAGGACUAUGAAGAUCAGUUACGCGCGAUCGCCGACGACCAUUUAGAUUUGUCUUCCUUCGAUCGUGAUCAUCCACUGUACAGCGAGAGGAAUCGCGGUAGACUUGGCGCGUUCAAAAGUGAAACGGGUAGCGUACCCAUUCAGGAAGUAAUAUGCUUGAAAGCCAAAAUGUAUUCCAUCAAAUUAGCCGGGGGAAAACAAAUUGCAAGAGCUAAAGGGGUCAAAAAGAACAUUGUGCGCAAACACCUGCUCCAUGAUACGUACCGCGAUACCCUAUUCAAGCACGCUAGCGUAUCGCACGAACAGGUGUCAAUAGUGGGAAAGAAACAGUGCAUGUACACCAUCAGAAAUGUGAAAUGAAGUCUGAUGGCAUACGACGACAAACGAUACCUCUACAAUGACGUAGACGCCUACCCGUACGGAAGCUGCGAAUAUGAUAAUGCAGUGGAUGAGUAGGAGUAGCAUCAUUUGACCUGCGUCACUGGAAGGAUGUGGCACCUCGUUCUCUUCUCGCUCGUCUCGUGCGCGCUGGCGCUGGACGCUGGCAACUGUACUGCGAGCAUCAAGCUGGAGAAGGAUAAGCACACGUACGUGCACGAAUGCCCUGGCGACAUCUUGGCCAUCAGAGAGUGGCACGUGGUACCUAUGCGAUCCGGUAUUAACCUAAAUAGGAACGCUACUGGAUCGC